GCAGAAGGGACAUGGUGGCAGUUUACCUGAUACUAGCAGAAGAUCAGUGGCCAACUAGGAGUGGACCCAGCAUGGCUCGAUUGGACCAUGUGUUUCCCUGCUUGAACCCUAAAAAGAACAGGUGAGCUAUGAAUGGAAAAUAAGAUAAGAAGAAAGACACAGAUAGGCACAAGUGAGAGAACAAGUGAUGGUGAGAAACAACUUGGAUGAUGAAUUCUAACUUGGGCUGUAAAAUAGAACCACCAGGAAUUGCUUAAAGGAAAGGAAUGGAGAAGAGCUUGGAAAAUGUCUUUUAGCUACUCUGCUAUUGGAAAUACUUCUAGCUAAAAUGCAAAGUUGAAGGUUGUGAUUUAUUAUUUUUUUUUACUGCUCAUGGGAUGUGAGAGAUCUGUCAGCACAUUAAUGGCUCAGGCAUCUCCACCUGUCUUAAUGGGAUGUGGAUGUGUGGCUGUAUAUCAAGCUGUGACGUGGCUGUAAAAUUCCCCCAUCUUGUCCAGCCUACUAUAGUGUAGAUGGGGUGUGAGGCACAGAGGAGAUGCUCAGUGGCAGAUGAGGAUGCCAUGAAAGCCCAAGGCCAGUUGUAGUACUGGCAGGGCUGGCCAUCAGCUCUGAAGUAUAGGGUGUGACAUGAAGAGUUUCAAGUGUUUUCCUCAAAACCCAACAAAGCUUUCUGAGUGUGGUGCAUGCCUUCAGCCCCAGCCACCUACAGUGAUGGAGAAGACCCCCUGCCCCUAUACAGCCCCAAAAUACCAUAUCUGCCAGGCAGCCCUGAGCUGUGUGCAUCCCUUCCCCCACUCUCACGGGGAAGAUGAAAAAUCCUUGUCUGGUUUCCUCACCCAGCUCUCACCAGGAGACUGCAGAGGAAUUAAACCGGGGUUCUCACUGAGCAGAGGAACUCCAGCUCACACUGCCGCUGUGUCCCGGCCCGGGUUGAAUGAUUUUCCCAGAGAGAAACAAAACGAAAUCCAAGCAGUGCGAAGGUUCUGGGAGUGGCUUACCUGCUCUUGGGAUGGGGGCCGGCUGUGGGAUGAAACUCGCCUUGCUUUGGUCGACGGGACUCGCCUGGUUUUGUUAUCUUUUUCCUCGGAGGAAAAAUGAAUUAAAAACCAAGAGAGCGCCCCGGAAAAUCACCCAGCCUGCUCAGGAGCGGAUUUCCCCUGGGGGCAUCGCUGCCAAAGAAAACCCCAGAGAGAGGCCGGGGGAUUUACCCGUGGGAGAACGGUCCCAUCCUCGGCGGCCUCCCCCCCGCGGCCCCCGGGGAGAGGGGCCGGGCUCCGGGGUGGGUUGGGGGGGCGGCCGCCCUAUAUAUUACAAAGCAGCUCGGGGCCCUGCUCCCCAUAGCCGGGUGCUGCCGCUGCGCUCAUUCCCCCUUUUUCCCUUCCCCUCCCUUUCCCUUCCCCCUUGGGCGGGGGGCUUUUACUCCUUCCGCCCCCCCCGCUUUACCCCUACCCCUCCGGCCGUAUAUGAACGCGGCCGGCUUCCCCUGCCUGCGAGGCAUGUGCACGCUGCCGGCGGCCGGCCCCGCCGCCUCGGCCAGCCCCGGCUCUCCCGGGCCUCCCCGGGGUUCCACCCCCACCUCCCAGGUGAAGCCGGAGCCGCGAGGUGCCGGGAGCAGCUCCCCGCUGCCUCCUCCGCCUCCCGAGGAGCCGCCGCCUCCCGCCGGGGGCCGCCGGAGGAAACGGCCGGUGCAGCGGGGCAAACCGCCCUACUCCUAUAUCGCCCUCAUCGCCAUGGCCAUCGCCAACGCCGCCGAGAGGAAGCUCACUUUGGGGGGCAUCUAUAAGUUCAUCACCGAGCGCUUCCCUUUUUACCGGGAGAACCCCAAGAAGUGGCAGAACAGCAUCCGCCACAACCUCACCCUCAACGAUUGCUUCGUCAAGAUCCCCCGGGAGCCCGGCCACCCCGGGAAAGGCAACUACUGGACGCUGGACCCUGCCGCCGAGGACAUGUUCGACAACGGCAGCUUCCUGCGCCGGAGGAAACGCUUCAAGCGCACAGACAUCACCACCUACCCUGGCUACAUGCAGAACUCCAGCGCCUUCACCCCACCUCCCGCCGUCCGCCCGAUGGCUGCCGCCGCCCCCUACCCAAAUGCCCUCUGCUCGCCCGCCUACAGCCCGCAGCUCUCGGGCACCGUCUUCCAUCCCUACGCAAGCGGGGUGGCACCGCCGGCACAGCACUCGCGGAUGUUCAGCAUUGACAGCCUGAUCAGCGGGCAGCAGGCCCUGCAGCCCUCGCCACCUGCCGAGCUGGCCCACCCCUCUCUGGGCUUAACUGGGACCGAACUAGCCCCCAGCUGCUCCGCCGGCACCUCGGAGCCUCCCUGCUUCCAGCCGCAGCCCGUCAGUCCUGGUUUGCUGAGCCGAGCCGGCCCCAACGCUUUGGCAUACCCCUAUGCUGCCUCGCCGCCCCAUCUACCCGUAGGGCAGGGCAGCUACUCACCCGGCAGCCCACAGCUCUACGGGGCUUCCAGCAGACUGGCGCUGCCCACUGUGCGCCCCACUGCCUGCCCUGAGCACAACGAGCAGCUGCUGGGGCUCCCCGCAUCGCCCCUCGGCCAGUUCAGCUCCGGCAAUGCCUAUGGCAGGCAGCCCAACUUCACCACCGGCCUGGAGCGGUACAUGUGAUGGGUCCAAGGAUGGAUGCGCCAAGGAUCCCGUGGAUGGAUGUGUGAACACGUCCCCAUAGUGGGGAUUGAGUGGGUGGGAUGAGGUUCCUGCUCUUUGGCUGUGUGCAGACACAACCCCGUGUGCGCGGUGAAGGGGACCAAAAUCUGACUCCUCUUUCCCAGCUGUGUUUAGUUGGAGAGGAGGUUCCUCCUGGAGGCAAUGCUCGCAUGGUGCAAUGGGCAGGAACCCCAAAAGCAAGGAAUGGUCCAGAAAAGGGCUUUCUCCUCUUCCCUGGGUGCUCAUUCGUCACUGGAAUGAGUCACCAAAAAAACCCCACUAAACCAAUUUUAAAACAAUAUCUAAGGUGUUUAUCCUCUUAUUCCCCCAUAGGAAAAAACAAAACACCUUGACUACUUCUUUUUUUCUAUGUUGAAAAAUGACUUUCACUGUUAGAAAAGACUUUUUUAAAAUAAAGCUUUUCUUUCCAACCUGUCCAGUGCUGCCAUUCCCCUGCUCCAA